AUGGCAGGUAGUGUAGUUGACAGAGAUCUCGAUAUACAUACGCAUCAAGAAGAUCAAAGCAGAACAAAGGAAGACGCUAGUAGCGCAACCCCUGAAUCUUGUGCUUUAGCUGCUGCUGAUGAUGAUAAUGUGGCCACUAUACCAGUGAUUGUCGUACAUGAUGAAGAUAAAGAUGUAGCGGUGUUGGAACAUGACCUGGAUGUUACUGAUGUUGCUAUCGCUCCCAUCACCAGCAAUGGCAAUGAAGAACCACCUCCUUACACGGAGAAAGACAGCUACAGUAUGGCGGACGAACCAGAAAACUAUUAUGAUGCAUCACAGUUACUUUUAGACGAGGAUCCAGUGAGAGAAAACAAUGAAGAAGAAGGGGAUCAGAGUUAUGACUUACUAGCAGAUAUGCAGCAGUCUUCAGAACAACAAUUGCAGCAACAGCAACAGCAGCAGGGCGAAAUCGAGGACGAGGAAGAUGAGGAAGAAGAUCUACUAACAGCGGUGUCUCUGUCACCUCUAGAGAAACUGGUCAAGUUUAGUAAUAGCACAUUAGUCUUACAAAGGUUGGUUGUAACAAGAGACAUUUCAACCCUCAUCCAUGAGAUCAGUGUGCAAGAUGCAGUUCAGACUGUCUUGCCGAUCAUUGUGCAAUUGGCAAAGGAUACCGAGGAUUCUGUAAAGGAGGCAUUAGCUGGGGAAUUGGACAAGAUUAUCUAUUACUAUUACGAGAAUGCGCCGCCUGUAUUAGAUUCAGUAAACUACCCUGAUACCACCCUGUCUCAUAUUCCCAAAAAUGCAUUUGCAUAUACCAUCAUUGAAUUUCUGUUGGAUCAGAAUACGACGUUGGCAUCCAUUGCUCAACAAUCCGUAGUGACACUGGCAGCUGAAUUGGCAGAUACCGCUCAUGGAUCAGAAAAGUACGCUUUGCAUCAAGCAUUACUCGACGUGGAGAUAUAUCAAGGCGUGGUGUUGGGUUUGACAAGUAUAUUUAGCGGGGAACAACAACAGAAGGAUCAUGAUAAUUCCGACGAUGAGCAGCAGGGAUUUGAUUCAGUAUCUACAACUGAGACAGUGCCAGCAACAAGAGACAAAGAAAAUAUGGACAUCGCUGUGCUGGAUGCUCUGCCAUCCUCUGAAAGCAACAACACUACAACAGCCGUGGUUGAAAAAAAGCUACCAUCCACCACUGUGAACGACUCUGUCCCCACCGUUGUUUCUUCAGCCACGAGCACACUGAUUAAAAAUUACGAUACUGGAGGCGUUAAUUUGGCAAAAAUGGUCUGCUUAAUGUUGAUGUCUGCCUUGGCACCGGUGUUUGGGCCAGAAGGUUGUACAGAAAAGAUUUUACCCAUUGUCGAAAGUAUGGUAGCGGAUCCAAUGUUCUACGUGAGGAAAGAGGCGGCAGCAGCAGUAGGCAGUCUGUCAACGACUGUUCCCCCAGAAGUCACCUUGGAGAGACUGUUGCCCUUGUACCUGAAACUGUCUGUGGAUACAAUAUGGCAUGUGCGCCGAUCAUGCGUAUUUGCGCUUCCACUUUUAUGUGAGGUGCUUCCCAAGGACAUGAAAAAAACGAUUGCGGUAGAAGGUGUCGAGUUAUUCAAAAACGAUGUGUCUCGCAAUGUACGCAACUCGUUGGCGGAUAUCACGGGCGAGGUCAUUUCAAAGUUCUUGCCUGAGGACUGGAAGGAAACUGGAAAUCCAGGCGAGGUACCUGAAGAAUUGUUGGAUUUCUUCUUGUCGCUAGGCAAUACAACCACAACCAAUGCCAACCAAAUGUACAAGAUGGACACAGAGCGCAUUCACAACUGUGCCUACAACUUUCCAGCCGUGGUCUUGACAGCUGGCGUGGCAUAUUGGGAUUCACAUCUGAAAGACACCUAUCUGAAUCUGACCAAAGACUACCAGCUCAAAGUACGCCGUACAUUCGCCUAUUCAUUGCAUGAUAUUGCUCGCAUCAUUGGGGCCGAACGUACUGAACGGGACCUUGUUCAGAUUUUCGCGCUUUACCUGAUGGACCUGGACGAUGUAAAGCAAGGCGUGUUGGAGCAUUUGUCUGAAUUUUUGAAUGUGCUGGCUGUCAGCUCGAGAAACGAGUAUAUCCCGAUUUUAGCAGAGGUUUGGGAUGGUGUUAUGAACAACUGGCAUUUGCGCGACAUUCUUGCAAACCAAUUGCGAGAUAUAUCUAGGUUAUUUGAUGCGUCUAGAGUGGUGGAACAUAUACUGCCGCUGGCUAUCAGAGCAUGUCAUGAUGAAUUUGCAUCAGUAAGAGAGACAGGCGUCGAAAUUUUUCCGGUGAUUCUGGAUAUUGUGAAAAGAACUGUGGAUGAAGAUGGCGAAAACUUGUCCCAAGUUGCAGCUGAGAGUGCUGACGAUACAGAAACGCUAUUCGAACGUCAGCAGAAAUAUGCAUUAGCUCUGUUGAACCAUGUUAUGGAAAAACUUGAUGACUUGGUUAGAUCUGCAGCAUAUCGCACUCGUUUUGUAUUUACUCAAAUAUGCAGAUCAUUAUUGGAUGCUGGCAUCAAUCCCGCCGAUUUUGCUUCAUUCUUUCUACCAAGAUUAGCUUUACUAGUGAAGGAUUCUGUUGUCAAUGUUCGUAUUGCAGCUUCAAGAACCAUGCAUACUUUAUGCUCAAUCAACGGAUACAGACAGGACAUUGAAACCAUCAUAUAUGCGGAUGAAGUUGCCAUGGAGGACGAAUCCAGCCCUAAGCAGAUCUUGGACGAUAUAAUAUACCGGUUAGCAACAGACAAGGAUAGAGACGUACGCUUCUACAUUUCAGGCUUUAUCUCGGAGGAAGAUUUGGAACAAUAUCAAAAGAAAAAGGCAGUAGAAGACUUGAAAAUAGCAGAGGAUUCUUCAAAAGGACUAACAUCAAAAGCACUACCACCACCACCCACACCACCCGCACAUCUAAUCAUGCUGCCGCCUGCCACAGAAUACCAAGGCAUAUCCACUGUACAUCAGGUUUUGGCAGACCUGGAUGAGUACGAAGAGGAAGAGAAGCUACAAACUCAUGUCAGCGAAGAGCUCCAUUCAGUUGAUUCUCCAAUGGAGAUUGUCAAUGACGAUUUUGAUAGCACACCCAGUUCACUCGAAGACGAUUGGGAGAAGGAUAGAGAGAAAGAAAAGGAGGUUGAUGAGAUAAUGACGGAAGCUAUGGACAUCUCAGAGGAAGAUAAUCAUCAACGCCAACUAGAAGAACAUUUUGAGGAGGAAGAGGACGAAGAGGACGAAGAGGACGAAGAGGAAGAUGAUCAUGCCACAGAAAAGAAAGCUCGACAUAUAUUUUUAUCAAAAACUCCAGCUCAUGCCCUGGACGAUACAAACGUGAUGCUUCCAACAACAUCUCCAACUACGAAUACUGCUUUAUCUAAUGCAUCGUCAAAUGCAGUAGUAACAGCAACAUCAUCGGAUUAA